GUUUUGCAUAUGGAAAUAAAACAACACGGUAGGUAGUUUUAAAUGACUUUAUUGUUUUUCGAAGUAUUCUCCACGAAGAUUAAUGCACAUCUGCAUGUGCUCGAACCAAUUUUCGAAGCACUUAUUCAAAUCGUUUGCUGGCAGAUCCAAAACGGCAUUUUUGAAUGCGUCAACUGCUUCUUCUGGUGA